CAGAAGCAAAGUUUCACAAUAUUGAUAAGGUAUAGGCAGGUGGAAGCAUUUGGUAGUCACCAAAAAGCUGGAGGUCUUUCUUACCAUAAGAUAUUGAAUUUUGGCCCCACGAUUACCGGUUAACUGUCCCCGUUAUGCGGUUGUUAGCUUUCCCUUCUUUUCAUUCAUUGUUUCUAAAAACACUCUUUUGAUAUAUCACAUUUGCAGAUUUCUUUAGUUCUCACUUUCUUCCUCAUGUGCAUGUAAAUAAAAUUUACUAGUGUGUUGAUAUUAAUCUUGAAAUGAGUCGAAUUAGCCGAAGAAAAAUUCGUCUGAAAACAAAAAGAGCGAUUUUGUUGCGGAUGAUUGCUCUGAAAAAAUGUGUGACAUCUAGCUGGAAACGGGUUGUUGGUUGUUUGAUGCAAUUUUCUGCUCAUAAAAAUAAUGAUAUUAAUAAUCAUCAUCAUCGUCAGCUUGAGAAUUAUUCGUCUCCGGCUUCUUCUCCUCCCCCUUCGCUGAAUGGGGCUGAGUCGCCUAGUGCUGAUGAUGAUGCUUCUGAUCUGGUGUCGAUUAAAGUGUGCAUAUUGGGUGAUCCCAAGAUUGGCAAAACCAGCUUCUUGACGAAAUAUGUAGGCAGAGAAAGAGAGGAAGGGAAUGGAAUGGAUCAGAUGGAUAAAAUAAUGUACGUUAGUGGAGCUCGGAUUGCAUUUCACAUCUGCGAGGUACAAGGGUUUGAUAACUCACAGAGUAACCUUCAACUUGCUUGCAAGGAAUCUGUAGCAAUGUUGUUCAUGUUUGAUCUUACAAGUCGGUGUACCUUAAAUAGUGUCAUUAACUGGUAUAAAGAAGCUCGAAAAUGGAACCAGAGCGCAAUGCCAGUACUAGUCGGAACCAAAUUUGAUGAUUUUGUCCAGUUACCACUAGAUCUGCAAUGGACAAUCGCUAAUCAGGCAAGAGGCUAUGCAAAGGCACUGAAUGCAACGCUAUUCUUCUCAAGUGCCAACUACAACAUUAACGUGAACAAGAUUUUCAAGUUCAUUGCUGCCAAGCUCUUCAACUUACCCUGGUCCAUAGAGCGUAAUUUGACUAUUGGAGAGCCGAUCAUCGAUUUUUAGUCUACACCCUUCAUUCCAUAGUUCCAUAUGUACAUCCCCGGAGUUUGUUUUAGGAAACACAGUGUCAACCAGUUUGUUCGGAGGCUCAACCUCCAAGUCCAAGCUUGAGUUGUUUUAUCAUUUUUCUUGGUUUUUAGAACUAUAAUGUAGCACAAGGUAUGCACUUGGCUUCAUCUCUGCAUAAUAAAAUGCCUACGUACGUUUGAAUUCAUAUCCAAAGUUUAGAAAGCCCCCCAGAAAAAAAAGAGUUGGACUUCUGGAUUUCUUCUUUCUGGUGCAAGUUGAGAGAACACACCUGAUUUUUGAAAAAAAUAAUUGUCGAAAUGAAAUAAACCAA